AUGGAGGCACUUGUAGCAAAGGCGGUAGAACGCCUUGGGAAGAAGAAGCUGUGGCUUGUUGUGCACACCCUGCGUCGCAUGAAUGCGGCGGACUGCACUGUUGCCGGUGCACGUGAGGCGCUUCGCGGCAUCCGCCUGUACGUUGAAGACGAUAAAUUUGCGGAAGUCGCUGCGCAGUUUGUCGGAAAAGAUGGUGCCACGUUCAACGUCGCCGCAUUUGUGCGGGCGUUUUUGGCGACGUUGCCGCCACGUCGCCAGUACGCCGUCAGUCUUGUGGUGCGCAAACUUGACCCGGAGUCGAGCGGCUUUGUCAGCUUUGACACGCUGCGGGAGAUGUACGAUGUGAUGCGGCACCCGCUGGUGCUGAAGCGGGCGGACCCGAGUGAACUCGUCGAUGAAUUCAUCGCGGACUUUGAGGAGGCGCGCGAGGAGGACGGCAUCACGACGGAUGAACUCGCCGCGUAUUACGUCGGCAUCUCUCACACCACACUGCAUGACGAGGACUUUGAGCUCCGCUGCAUCCGGAGCUUUUCGCUUGACCGCCCACGAGCACGGCUCGAUGCGGAGUCGCCUACGUCACAUGCAGGGAAGCUGCGGAGCAGAACACUGUCCACCUACAAUGCGGCAAAGCACCCGCUCUACGAGACGACGUCGAUGGGGUAUGGCAAAGAUUGUGAAAAGGUAAAGUACGACGGCAAAUUCUCACUCAAACACUGCUUCACAAAGCACGCACCGAUGCAACGAGGAGGCGGUGCCACAUCCAUGAACAUGUAA